AGGAGGCGGUGACUCCCUAGGGGAGGGAAGCAGCAGAAAUGCCUUCAAUGACAGACCAGCAGGCUGAAGCUCGCGCCUUCCUCAGCGAGGAGAUGAUCGCUGAGUUCAAGGCCGCCUUCGACAUGUUUGAUGCGGAUGGCGGCGGGGACAUCAGCACCAAGGAGCUGGGGACGGUGAUGAGGAUGCUGGGCCAGAACCCCACCAAGGAGGAGCUGGACGCCAUCAUAGAGGAGGUGGAUGAGGAUGGCAGCGGCACCAUCGACUUUGAGGAGUUCCUGGUGAUGAUGGUGCGCCAGAUGAAAGAGGAUGCCAAGGGCAAGUCUGAGGAGGAGUUGGCCAACUGCUUCCGCGUCUUCGACCGGAACGCAGACGGGUUCAUUGACAUUGAGGAGCUGGGUGAGAUCCUGAGGGCCACUGGGGAGCCCGUCACCGAUGAGGACAUAGAGGACAUGAUGAAGGACUCGGACAAGAACAAUGAUGGCCGCAUCGACUUCGAUGAGUUCCUGAAGAUGAUGGAGGGGGUGCAGUAAGGGACCAGACAUUCCUCGGGCCGG